AUGAUCAACAUGAUUUUUCCAAACCAGAAACUAAUACCACUUUUUUGCAUGUUUCUAAUCCGAGAAACUUCAGAAACGCAAUGUGUCAGCAUUAUAAACAAUUCUACAGGAAUCGAAUGGCCGAGCACUAGAAACCGGGCUUUAUCGCGCCCGAUUUGCCUAAAUCAAAACAAAGAAUUUGUCUACAGGACUUGUGUGAAUGGUAAUUGGGAAAGUGAGCCUUACUGCCACUACACCCAACCUGAAAAACUCCCAGAAUGUCCAGAAGGAUUUAACGAAUCUGUAACUACUUGUUACACGCUGAGUGAAAAGUCCGCUUACCCCCCUAGGUGUGUUUACCCUCAAACUUUACCGUUUUCUCUCUACAAGGAAAUCGUCGAUUCGGAGAUAGAUUUUCCAGUUUGGGUGCCCGCGCGUCGGGAUUUAAGCAAUGGUCUUGGUUUCGUCCAAUGGACUGAACCCAGUUUCAGUUACAAAACUGAAAUCACAUACCAAGUCGCAAAAUCGGUGAAAAACAACUGUAUCGUGUAUCACAACAAGACUUUCACUCUUACUUCUUGCCAAGAGGAGCAUUUCGGGGUUUGUGCUUACCUGAAGUUGAACCAGUUAGUAGAAAACAUUUGCGACACUGAUUUCUACUGCCUUCAAGGUGAUUUCAAUGCCAAGUCUAAGUGUUUUUGUAAGAAAUCAACCAUGGGUUGGGUAAACCACCCCGCCGAGUUCCUAAAACCGUACCAGUAUAGCAUUUAUGGUCGCUUGACCAACGAGACUUGUGCCAUGGGUCUGACCAAAGCCUCUGAUGGUCGGUACAUUUGGCAGAAUUCGGGCAAAGAACUCGAGUACACGUUUUGGUCAAAAAACGUGGAUUUUAUUGAAAGUGGAAUGUACGCAGCUGCGACUCCUGAAGGCUGGGUUUUGUCUCAAGUGCCGACUUUUUGCACUCUAUUUGAGCUCGAAGUGGAGGAUUUGGAACCAUCUCUCACCCUCUCUUUUAAUGAAAGUACCAACGAGUUUUCAGUGGAGGUGUCAAACCCGAAAAGAAUCAAGUUCUUGUAUUCCAAUACCUUGAUAUUUUGUUUCACUGACGCGGAUGGUUCGACUUUGGUGUUCCGGUAUCCAGCAUUAAACGCUGUUAUCAAUGUAGGGGAAGGACGCGUUUUCAAUUUUGAACCUUUGGGGACACUCCCGGGGAAUUACUGGUGCGAAGCUUUCAAAUUUGUGGAUUUGGCGAUAAUUAAAAGCGAGGUUUACUUUUAUAGACCGAAGAUUUAUCCCGAGUUUGUGACAAUCUUAUCAAUGCGUUACAAGAAUUUCAAUCCUUUAAGUAGUGAUUUGCUCAAAAUGCUAAACAAGAGUGAGUUAUUUCACUCUCUGAAAAACAAUUUAUAUAUCCUUCAGUUCUACCAAUUGCGAAUCAUGAAAAUCAUUGAUGUUGAUGAAAAUACAAAUCGGGUGUUGGUAAAUGUGCAUUUGAGUUCUAACUUUGGAAACAGCUCCGUUAAUGAAACUUCUCAAUACGAAACUAUUAAACGAGUUGUGACACAAACUAUCAAUAAUCUUAAGACAGAACAAUUCGAGUUGAUCGAUUUUCUAAGUUCUGAUUUUUGCCCAAAUGAAUCAAACUCACUCACUUGGCCUGAAACGCCCAUCAAUUCCAAUGCAAAUCCUCAAGAAUUUUGCUUCACAACUGAUGGUAAACUCGUGACGCGAUUGUGCUAUGGUAAUUUCAUAGAUGGUGCCAAAUGGUUGGAUUAUAAAGAUUGUGUCAUUUUUCCCACAUCAAACAUCACAAAACAGUUAUUAAUGAUUUCGAAUUUUUCCAAAAGCUUACUUCUCGACACACUCUUCAAUCUUUCCAAACAUUAUCAAGACUUUAAAUCCGUGGAUGUGUAUUUAUUUGCAGAAAAGUUCAAUGAUUUAAAUCAAGUCAAUAUCACACCCAACGAUCUUGUCCUGUUUGCAAAAAUACAAAACAAUCUUGCGAAAAUCGAUAGAUACAUUUUAGGAGAAGCUCAACGUAUGCUAGGAACAACUGAUAAAUUUUUAUGGUUAAUUGAAACGUUCUCACAGGAAUGUAAUGAAUCUUUUGAAAUUUAUGGAUUAGACAAUUUUGUGUUGGUCUCGAUCGAGUCAAUUUUUUUGAGUGGACUGGCUGUAGAAAAACACGGCGAUAAGUUCGUUGUUAAUAAGCUUUUCGAUGACCAUUCCGUGUCCGAAUUGCUAAAAAACCCAAACCUUACAUAUGCCAUUUGGUUGAGUCCCAAAAUUCGGCAAAAAAUCCCUCAGGACGUUAAAAUCACGCUUUGGUACUUCGAUAACGAUUCUUUCUUCCAGCAAACGAUGCCUGGUCUUGAAGCGAGCCCAAUUUUUGGGAUAUUGCACCCAGAAAGUGUGACUUUGAAUGACGAUUCUGUGAGAGUUUUAUAUCGCGUGAAACCGGACCAGAAAGUCCAUUUUUGUGGCCAAUGGACUUACACAUUGUCACGUCGGGGAUUUUGGGCGAGAAAAGGUCAAAUCCGGGAUGUUGCACCUUUUGUACUAUGUGAGUUUGGCGAAGGUGGAAAUUUUGGUUUGAUUUCGUUUAAUGAUAACAAUGUGACUGAUGAUCUGAUCGAUUUGCUUGACUCGAAUGACACCGUGCCCGAAACCCUGGACAAGCUUUCCCACAUUUCGGAGAGGUAUGAGCAGUUUAAACCCAUAGAUGUUUCAAUUGUUGGGCAAAUCUUGGAUAAAAUUAACUACGAUGAGGAAAUUGAUUUAAGGAAAUUGGCGUUUACUAUCAGUAAUUUGCACCAAAUCGAUCGCAAAAUUUUAUUAAACAGUCAACUCAAAGAUAAAUCCACUGAUUUGAUUCUUGCCAACAUUGACAUAAUUCUCCAAAAACAGGCCAUUGUGGACAAAACUCAAAUAAUUGUUGACAACUUUUUCAUUUUUAUUGUCCAUUUUACUAAAGAAAUUGAUGGUUUUGCGUUACUAAACCAUGAAGAUGUUUUAGAACCAAUAAUCCUAGAGGGAAAUGUUUCAAUUGAUGAAGUCGCCAAGUUUGAGUGUUUUGACAGUGCUGUUGUCCUAAGUUCAGACUUGAAAAACCAAAUUAGGGAAAACACAAAAAUCAUCGUCACUGUCUUUGUCAGUAAUGCACUUUUCAACGAGAAAUCGCCAAAUCACAAUGUGGGCAAAAUUUUCGGAGUUAUACUUCCCCUUCUUGAGGAGUUUCACGGUCCAGUUUCAAUCUUCUACAAACCAGUGAAAGAAAUUAACCAAGAGUGUGUUUUCUGGAACUAUUCACACAAUAUUCCCGGCUCGUGGCAAAAUGACACCAAAAUCAGAAACUCCUACAACUUAACCCGCUGUGAUUUCUGGCACACCACUCACUUUGCUCAAUUAAUCCUCGACGAAGACAAGCACGAAAGCACUGUUGACGACCCCAACGUCCUCAGUAUCAUCACAAGCAUCAAUUGCGGGAUUUCUUUAAUCGGCCUCAGUUUUAUCAUCCUCACAGCGAUUAUUUUCAAGCGUUGGCGCGAGAACACAGGGAACCAAAUUUUGCUCAACUUCAGUAUCGUCAUAAUCGUCCAAAUUGCAAUUUUUUACAUCUCCAACUCGGUAAAUGAGUUUCACAAAAACUACAUUUUUUGCACCGUCAUUGGUGUUUCCUUGCACUACUCCAUAAUUUCGCAGUUUUGCUGGAUGUUGGUCAUUGCCAUUUUGCAAUUUCGACGCUUUGUCACCGUUCUGGAAGGACCACCGAAGUACAUUUUGCUAAAAGCUUGCGUUUGUGGCUGGAUUUUGCCCUUGUUUCCAGUCCUGGCCGUUUUUAUUUCUGAUAAAAAUAAUUAUGUGAAUAGUAGUGCCGGUUUGUGCUACCCUUCAGGGCUAGGCUUGUAUCUGGGGGUUUGGUUACCAGUCGUUUUAGUAAUUGUGAUAAAUUCGGUUAUUUUUACUGUAACUUUGUAUAAUGUGGUUCAUAAAAAAACCGACAUUGUUUUUAAUGGUUACAAUGAAGCAUUGUAUCAGUGGAGACUCGCUGUGAUGCUUUUCUUUAUGUUGGGACUGACUUGGUGUUUUGGGUUUUUUGCAAAAUUAGAUUUUGGCUUGAUCUUUGAAUAUUUGUUCUGCAUCACAGCCACGCUUCAAGGAUUUACAAUAUUCCUCUUUUUCAUUGUUUUCAAUGUCAAUACCAGGUACUUGUAUAUUGGUGUUAUUAACAGAUAUUGCUAUAAAAUCAAUAACUAA